CCUUGUUUAGGGUUUAACCACUCUUCCGAAAUCGAGUUUGAAUUCCCUCUAUAAACCCUAAUUCUUGAUUGUUCUUCGUCAAGGCGUCGAUUUUUACUGGAAUGAUCCUUUAUUGCAGUCACUGCGGGCAAGGAUCCCUCGCAGCCCGCGAUCCUGAUAAGGGUUACAUAUGCUGCGCUGAUUGUGGGAAGGUGCUUGAUGACAAUGUAUACUCCGAGGAACCCACCUUUGAGAAGACUGGCGAUGGCUCGAGCCGGUUGGCUGGUAAUAUCAUUCGAAGUAUUGAGGAUCGGUAUGCAGAGUCUUAUCGAAGAAGAUUGAAUAGAGGAAGGGACGAGAUUAAUGAAAUUAUAACGAAUCUCCAAAUAGGUGGUGGUGACAACAUGAUUAACAGAGCCCUGGCCUUUUAUCAGAUAGCAGUUGAUAAUAAUUUCAUUAAAGGAAGAAAUGCCAUGCAUAUUGCGGCUUCUUGUCUUUAUCUUGCUUGUCGGCAAACAAAGAAGGCAUAUCUUCUUAUUGAUUUUUCAGAUUACUUGCAGAUAAAUGUUUAUGUUCUAGGUGCUGUGUUUUUGCAGCUCUGCAAGCAUUUACGCCUUUGGGAUCAUCCUAUUGUUCAAAAACUUGUUGAUCCUAGCCUUUUCAUCCAUCGAUUCACAGAGAGCUUAUUGGGUCGUAAAAAUAAUGCUGUUUCUGCAACUGCAUUGCGAAUUGUAGCUAGCAUGAAGAGAGAUUGGAUGCAGACAGGGAGAAAACCGAGUGGGUUAUGUGGUGCAGCUUUAUACAUAUCUGCACUUUCUCACGGUCUAAGUUAUUCCAAAUCAGAUAUUGUAGCUGUUGUGCAUGUUUGUGAAGCAACAUUAACAAGACGACUGAUGGAGUUUGAGAAUACAGAAUCUGGCUGUUUAACUAUUGAGGAGUUCCUUGCUAAGGCAGAUGAGCUUGAUGAAGAGUCUUGCCAUAAUCAAUUUCCUAGAUCGGGUGAAUUGCUAUGUAAACACAAGGGUACAAAGGAAUCUCAUUUUGCCCAUGGACUUUGCGAAAAAUGCUACAAUAAAUUCAUUAAGAUGUCAGGGGGUCUUCAGGGAGGCUCUGAACCUCCUGCUUUCCAGCGUGCCGAAAAGCAGAGACAAAGGGAAUCAGAAAAAGAAGGGAAGCUGAGAGAGUCAAGCCAACUAAAUCUCGGCAAUGAUUCUAGUCAGAAGCAAGAGGCUAAAUUUUGUUCUGAGAAUGAAACUAACUGGACUGGAGAUGUAUCAAUGCUUUCACAGGAGACAGAAAAGACUGGACGUCAAACUGCUGAUUCAUCUGUCUUUGAUGAAUCUCAGAAUGCGAGCAGCGCACCAGUUGAUGAGCAUGAAAACUUCUCUGAUAUUGAUGAUGUUGAGGUUGAUGGAUAUCUACUUCACAAUGAGGAAGAAAAGCAGUAUAAAAAAAUUAUUUGGGAAGAAAUGAAUAAAGAGUAUCUUGAGGAGCAAGCAGCUAAAGAAGCAGCAGCUGCUGCUGCAAAGAAAGCGCAAGAUGCUCUUUUAGCAAAUCUAUCUGGUGAAUAUCUAUCCUCAGAGGACCUCGCUGCAGCAACUGCAGCUGCUUUAGCAAAAUCCAGAAAGGAGAGGAGACAAAAACGAGCUGAAGAGGCUAAGAACUCAGCUCCUGCUCAAACACCUCUUGAAGCAACCUAUAAAAUGCUGAAGAGAAAGACAUUUAGUUCCAAAAUCAAUUACAAGGCACUAGAGAAUCUCUACAGAAUCAAUGAAGACGAUACAAAACGGCAACGGACAGAGUCAGAAGCUGAUGCUGGUAUUGCUGCUGACAACGACCAGAAAGAUAAAAAAAGUACGGCAUUUGAUUCAGGAGAUGCAGAUGAUGUUCAUGAAGCUGAUACAUUUGAUGAUAUUCCUGGUCCCAAUGAUGAUGGCCACAAUGAAUACCAUGGGAAUGAAGAUGAAUACUACGGAAAUGAAGAUGAAGAUUAUGGUUAUGAUGAUGAUUUUGUGGAGUAAGGUUCACCAAGGUAUCUCACGCCAUGAUUUUCUGCUGCCUCGUCAUACAUUUGAUGAUAUUCCUGGUCCCAAUGAUGAUGGCCACAAUGAAUACCAUGGGAAUGAAGAUGAAUACUACGGAAAUGAAGAUGAAGAUUAUGGUUAUGAUGAUGAUUUUGUGGAGUAAGGUUCACCAAGGUAUCUCACGCCAUGAUUUUCUGCUGCCUCGUCAUCCAGUUAUAAAAGGUUGGUUAUUUUUUCCACAACCACGCCUAUCAAUUGAAUUAGUUACAAAAGUGUGAGUUAUCAUUUUUUUUUUCAUUUGAGUUGUCAUUGCUAUUGUAUAUAGAUGUAGAGUUGGAAAUAGGUACUCCAUGUUGAAUUUAUUAUCAGUACCUCCCUCUCUAUAGCAUGGAGAGUUUAAAAAUCCACAUAAACUACAAUUAUUUAUUCUAACUUAGGAAUAAAAGUUGUUUGAGGAUAUCUUGAUAAUCUUAUGUUGCCUUUGGUUCAAUCAAAGGCAGCAAUUUCAAUAACAUUUAUUCAUUUAUAUCUCUUGGGUUUGUUCGCCUGUAGUUCAGCUCAGUAGGUCAAAAAAUCAUGUGGGGUUUUCGAACUCUAGCAAGUGUAAUAGAAAUUCUGAGAAAGAAAGGUCAUACCUGAUUUUUUAU